AUGUUCCCGAAACUGAUCAAACGGUCAAUUUCGCACGAUUCUCAAGCUACCAGUCUCGCUUCUUCUUCGGACAGAUCUUUUGACAGUUCUACCGAAGCCGAUAUUUAUUCGUCUCUGGAGUCCCUUGAGGAUCCUUCCAACGCGUUCGAGAAACUGCCCCAAGGAUGGAACGUCCGCUACGAUCCCGUCCUGCAGUUGUAUUACUAUGUCAAUUUCGACAAACAGAUUUCGCAGUUUGACAGUCCACUCGAGGUGGUCAAACAUUAA